UGCUGUGUGUGCGGGGAUGCGCGCGCUCCGGCGGACUGCUUCGCCGCGGCGCGUCUCGUCAUUCUGAGGCGGGAGAGAGGAGCGCUGCGGAGCUCCACGUAAUACAGGGGCUGGCGGUCCUGCCUCUACCGGACAAAUCGUAUGCUGCAUUUCCGUCUCUUCUUUAAGCAGAGGCUUCUUUGUACAGUGAUCACCCCUCCAGUCCCAAAGUGAAAGGAAUCCGCCCCCUUCUCAGUUAGCCUUUACUAGAAUUCAGAAACAAAGGAUCAACCAAUAAAAGGGGAGAGCACAUCUGUGAACUGUAUUUUAUUUUUUUGUGCUGGUUAAUUUUUUGGUCAGGGCCCAGAUGACGCUGUGUGGGCCGAAGGCCUCCGGCGUGGUGGGUCUGCUUUUUCUGCACCUUUGUUACCCAUGGGACACAGGGUGUGUGGCUUUGAGUCCCAGUUCGGGACCUCUGCCCCGACCUCUACGGCUGCAGGGGCCAGGGGCUGCCACUGGUUUCCUGCGAAGGCUGAAGCGAAGCUGGGUAUGGAACCAGUUCUUUGUCCUGGAGGAGUAUACUGGCAAUGACCCUUUGUACGUGGGCAAGCUGCAUUCGGAUGUGGACAAGGGGGACGGCAAUGUGAAGUAUGUGCUGUCAGGUGAAGGCGCCACCUCUAUUUUCAUCAUCGAUGAGAGCACAGGAGACAUCCAUGCCACCAAACGUCUCGAUCGGGAGGAGCAGGCUUACUAUACCUUGCGAGCGCAAGCUCUCGACCGCGAGACCAACCGCCCGGUGGAACCUGAGUCUGAAUUCAUUGUCAAAGUCCAGGACAUUAAUGACAAUGAACCAAAGUUCCUGGAUGGACCAUACACUGCUAGUGUUCCUGAGAUGUCUCCUCUUGGAACCUCCGUAAUCCAGGUGGUGGCAACAGAUGCCGAUGACCCUACGUAUGGAAACAGCGCCAGGGUGGUCUACAGCAUCCUCCAAGGACAGCCAUACUUCUCAGUGGAACCUAAGACAGGUGUAAUUCGGACAGCUCUCCCCAACAUGGAUCGAGAAACACGGGAUGAGUAUGUACUGGUUAUCCAGGCGAAGGACAUGGUGGGCCAGAUGGGUGGGCUCUCAGGCACCACCUCAGUCACCAUCAUGCUCACAGAUGUAAAUGACAACCCACCACGUUUCUCCCACAAGUUUUACCAGUACACCGUACCGGAGUCCCUCCACGUGGAGUCCGUGGUUGCCAAGAUAAAAGCUGUUGAUGCUGACCUGGGCCCCAAUGCAGAAAUGGACUUCAGAAUCGUGGACGGGGAUGGCCUCGGGACAUUCAGAAUUUCAACUGACCAAGGCACACAGGAGGGAGUGAUAACCUUGCAGAAGCCCCUGAAUUUCGAGGAAAGGGCCAUCUACUCACUGCGGAUUGAGGCCACAAACCGGAACAUUGACCCCCAGUUCCUAACCCUUGGCCCAUUCAGUGACACCACCAUGGUCAAGGUGGCUGUGGAGGAUGUUGAUGAGCCACCUGUCUUUGCCCUCCACCUUAGCGAGAUGACAGUUUCUGAGGCCGCUGCGGUCGGCACCAUUAUCGGGACUGUUACUGCACAUGACCCUGACUCUGCCAACAGUGCCAUCAGGUACUCCAUAGAUCGGAACACGGAUCUUGAGAGGUACUUCAACAUUGAUGCCACCACUGGCACCAUCAGCACAGCCAAGCUGCUGGACCGAGAAGUAAAUGCCAUACAUAACAUCUCUAUCUUUGCCAUGGAAAGUCAUGACCCAUCCCAAAUUGGUAAAGGUAUUGCUCUGGUGACAGUGACGGACGUCAAUGACAACGCGCCAGUCUUCGCCAUAGAAUACGAAACCUUCUUGUGUGAAAGUGCCAGGCCAGGACAGGUCAUUCAGACAGUAAGCGCAGUAGACAAAGAUGAGCCUCUUCACGGGCAUCACUUCUUCUUUGACCUCACUGCACAGGCUGUGGACAACCACAACUUCACCCUCAGAGACAACAAAGACAACACGGCCUCCAUACUGACAAAACGUGGUGGGUUUCGGAGGCAGGAGCAAUCCCUUUACCGGCUUCCCAUCCUCAUCGUGGACAGCGGUAGCCCCUCUCUGAGCAGCACUAACACCCUCUCCAUCCGCGUGUGCCGCUGUGACCCUGAUGGCGUCGCGCAGUCCUGCAGUGCCGAGGCAUAUAUGCUCCCCGCGGGGCUCAGCACUGGUGCACUCCUUGCUAUCCUUGCCUGCAUCUUCACCUUAUUGGUGCUCGUGCUGCUGAUUGUGACCAUGCAGCGGCGCAGAAAAGAGCCUCUCAUCCUUGAGGAGGAGAGAGAUGUGCGGGAGAACAUUGUGCGCUAUGAUGAUGAGGGUGGGGGAGAAGAGGACACUGAGGCCUUUGACAUGGUGGCCUUGCGCAACCUCAACGUUGUCCAAGACCCCAUGGUCCGACGGGAUGUGACGCCAGACCUGCCCUCACUCUUCGUAUCUCGGCUGGCUUACAAAACCCUGCCAGACAACAUCAUUUUCAGGGAGUUCAUUUGGGACAGGCUGAAAGAGGCUGAUGUGGACCCAUCUGCACCACCAUAUGACUCCUUACAGACCUACGCCUUUGAGGGCAGUGGCUCAUUGGCGGAGUCCCUCAGCUCACUGGACUCAUUGAGCACAGACUCUGAUCAGAAUUUCGACUACCUCAGCGACUGGGGGCCCCAGUUCCGGAAGUUGGCUGACCUGUACGGCAACCGUGAAAGCAGGAAUCCAUUCUCUUAGCUUCGUUCUUGCAUUUUUCAUUUGGAAGGACAGUGGCAUUGAAUCAAAUGAAAAGCAGAAUAUUGAA